UUUUAAAUAUAUGUAUUUCCCUUGGUUCCAUUCGAGUUUCUGUCGCCGCAGGGGGAGGAUGCACUGUACCGGCUUAUCAGAUCAGUGGCUAUAAAAGCGAAUCUUCAGGCGCAACCGCGCCUCAGAUACAGACAGAACCGGGACCAAACGAGUGGCAAGAGCAGACGCAAAGAAAACAGAAACGCAAUGUCACUAGACGGCGGCCAGAGUAUCAACGUGGAUGCGGCGGCCAUUGGCCCAAAUGCGUGUGGAUCCGGUAGUACGCCAGCACCACCUGCCAUCGGAUUGUGGAGUGGCAUGAUGACCGUCCUCGUGCAGAGCCUUCUAUCGUCGCAAUGUCUCAUCUCACCCGCCAGCCAGUGGCCAGUGGACUAUGUGGGCGAUUUGAGUCAGCCCUAUGACUUUGUGGUCAUUGGAGCGGGAUCUGCGGGAUCCGUGGUGGCCAGCCGGUUGAGCGAGAAUCCCGACUGGAAAGUGCUCGUCCUGGAGGCGGGCGGCGAUCCACCCAUUGAAUCUGAGUUGCCGGCACUAUUCUUUGGACUGCAGCACACGAAGUUCAUGUGGAACUACUUCACAGAGCCCAGUGAUGAGGCCUGUCUGGGAAUGAAGGAAGGUCGCUGCUACUGGCCACGUGGCAAGAUGCUGGGAGGAUCGGGAGGAGCCAAUGCCAUGCUGUAUGUUCGUGGCAAUCGCAGGGACUUCGAUGGCUGGGCGGCAAUGGGGAGCACGGGCUGGAGCUAUGACCAGGUGAUGCCGUUCUUCGAGAAGUCCGUCACGCCCCAAGGGAAUGCCACCCAUCCCAAGGGUUAUGUGACCCUGAAGCCGUUCGAGAGACAGGAUAAUGCCAUACAUCAGUUGAUCAUCGAUGGCGGUCGCGAAUUGGGACUGCCUUAUGUUGAGAGAUUCCAGGAGGGCAGUGAAACGGGCUAUGCCCAUGUGCCGGGAACCGUGAGAGAAGGUCAAAGAAUGAGCACAGCCAAGGGUUAUUUGGGUGCAGUCUCCAGAUCGCGUUCCAAUCUGCAUGUGGUCAAGAAUGCGCUGGUCACCAAAUUGGAUUUCGAUGGCGAUACGGUGACAGCAGUCAACUUCGAAAGGGCUGGUGUUAACCAUCAAGUGAAAGUGAGCAAAGAUGUGGUGAUCUCGGCCGGCGCUAUCGAUUCACCAGCUCUUCUCAUGCGUUCCGGCAUUGGACCCAGUCAGCAUUUGAAGGAGUUGGGCAUACCCGUAGAACUGGAGCUGCCAGGAGUUGGCCGCAAUCUCCAGGAUCAUGUGCUCGUGCCCAUCUUUCUGAGACUGGACGAGGGUCAAGGCGAGCCAAUGACGGAGAAGGGCAUCCUGGAUGGCAUAUAUCAGUACCUAAUCCAUCGCACCGGACCGCUGGCCACUCACAGCACCGCCUCCCUGGUGGCGUUUAUCAACACCAAUGCGAGUAGUGAUAGUGCUUAUCCGGAUACCGAGAACCAUCACCUGUUCUUUCAGAGAGCCAAUCACGCUUCGCUGGAACUCUUCACCAAAGGUCUAUCCAUCCAAGACCAAUACAUAGACGUGUUGCAAGGAUAUCUUAAGGAGUCCCAUUUGCUGUGCGUUUAUGUUCUACUCUCACAUCCGGCGGCCAAAGGUGAAUUGCAUCUACGGAGCAGAGAUCCCAAGGAGCCACCCAUCCUAACCAGUAAUUACCUAUCAAAGCCGGAGGAUGUGGCCACGUUGAUGAGGGGCAUACGCUACAUUGAAUCCCUCGAGCAGACCAAAGCUUUCCAGGAUCACCUGGCCGAGAUAGCUAGGAUUCCCAUCGAAGAGUGUGAUCACAUAGAGAGUUACCGCAGUGAGGAGUACUGGCGAUGCUAUGCCAAAUACUUCACCUUCACCUGUUACCACCAAUCGGGCACCGUGAAAAUGGGACCCGACUACGAUCCCGAGGCCUGUGUGAGUCAGCGCUUGAAGGUCCAUGGAUUGGAGAACCUCAGGGUGGCGGAUGCCAGCAUCAUGCCGGCGGUGGUCAGUGCCAAUACGAAUGCGGCCACGGUGAUGAUUGCCGAGAGGGCGGCCCACUUCAUCCGGGAGGAUUACGAGGGCGAGGCAGUUGGCGCCAAUGGAGGUAUCUGGGUGCCGCACAUGCAUGCGGAUGACUUCUAGUUUGAUAAUUCCAAACACAGCCCUCUUUUCGAUUGGCAACUUGUCAACAACAAGUGCAUACAUUUAAGUCUGUGGACUUCAACACAAUUCGGUUUAUCGAACUAUGAAAAUUAAUUAUCAGAUUGUUCUUAGCAAAACAAAAAUAGCGCACGUUAAACAAAAUUCUUAAAUGGAUUUGCAAGUAGUUAUCUAUUAAAUUUGUUUGUUAUUUAUAAACAGUAGUAAUUUAGUGAAUCGUUUUUUUUACAAUUAUUAUAAAA